AUGCAAGUCAAAGAAGAAGAUAAGAUGAAUGUUGAUAAUAACAACAAUCAACAACAACAACAACAACAACCAAAUGAGGAAACCUAUUUGAAUUCAUUAUCAAAAGAGGAGUUGAUAGAGAUUAUUUUAAAGAAGAAUCAACAACAAUCAAAUGGUAAACAAACGACUACUUCAACAACAUCAACACAAAAUAAACCAACAACAAAUAAGAAAAAGGACAAGAAAUCAAAGAGAAAAGCAACAGAGUUGGACUUUGAUAGAUUCUCUAGACGAUUUGUUGCACUCAAAGUUGCAUACUUGGGAUGGCAUUAUCAUGGUUUCGCUGCUCAACAAUGUACUGAAGAGACUAUUGAAGGUCACUUAUUUAGUGCUUUACAAAAGACUUGUUUAAUUAGAGAUAUUAAAGAAUGUAAUUAUACAAAAUCAGGUAGAACAGAUAAAGGAGUAUCUGCAUUUGGACAAGUUAUAUCAUUAUAUGUUAGAUCAAAUUUAAAACAAGGUGAUGGAAUCAUUCCACCUGUCAUUCCUGAUGAUGACAACAAAAAUCAACAACAAAAGAAUAAGAACAACAACAAAAAGAAUAAUAAUCAUGUCACACCAAUUGAAUAUCCAUAUGUUAGAAUGUUAAAUGGUGUAUUACCACCAUAUAUUAGAGUAUUGGCAUGGACACCAGUACCAUUCCACUUUAAUGCAAGAUUCAGUACUUUGUAUAGAACCUACAAGUACUACUUUAACCCAGCAGGUCUUGAUAUAGAGGCGAUGAAAGAGGCAGGAAACCACUUUCUUGGUAGUCACGAUUUCUCAAACUUUUGCAAGAUUGAUUUGGAAGCUGUCAAAUCAUUUACACGUGUCAUUCUAUCGUUUGACAUUGCUCCCGUUCCAGUUGGUCAAUUCCAAUCGGGUGGAUUAUACGAAGCAACCAUUUGCGGAUAUGCUUUUCUAUGGCAUCAAAUUAGAUGUAUGAUGGCAAUGUUAUUAUUAAUUGGUCAAAAGAAAUUCCCAACAACUAUUAUCAAAGAUUUAUUAGAUACUUCAUCUGCAAUUGCAAAACCAUCUUAUGAGAUGGCAUCAGAAAUACCAUUAGUAUUAUAUGAUUGUGGUUAUGAAGAUUUGGAAUUUAUUUAUGAAAAUGAUUCACAUCAAAAAUUAAUAUCAUCAAUGUUUAAUGUUUGGAAUGAUCAUUAUAUCAAAGCAGCAGUUUCAUCUUUGAUGAUCAAUAGUCUAAAGGAAAUCAAAACAUUUACGAUUGAAUCGACCAAUCCCAAUACCAAUUCAAAUUCAAAUUCAAAUGAACAACAACAGAAUUGUACAAACAAAAAAGGAAAGGGAGAGGACAUUAGUUUGGAUCAAAAGAUUAAUAAUCUAGAUCCAAAACGAAAGAAAUUGUAUCUAAGUAAAUUUGGUGAAACCACCACUGCUUCUACUGCUGUCGUGGAUAACUCCGACACUUCUUCUUCUUCUUUAUCUACAAAUAGUACCAUAUCGACAACUACUACCUCUGAUCCUUCACUGGUUAUCAACUUUAGUAAAUAA